CCUAGGCUCCUCCCUCUGUCACUAUCGUCAGAGGAUCCAUGGAAAACCAACACAACCAUUAUGUAUUUACGGAAAAACUUUUUACUGUUUCUGCUCAUCAUAGCAAUUUCCAUUAAGAAUUCAGUUGGUAGAAAACAUCAUCUUGAUCUAAAGGAUGAGACUCGAAAAAGCAUACCUGUUAGUAUGUUCGGGUUUCUUCGAGGUGGCAUCUUGAAUGUUACAGUUUCUAACUUGGCAAUCUCGAAACAAGCACAAGAAACAUCAGGACUGGGGUUUAGUUUGGAUAGGACACUUAGUGAUGCUGCAAACCCAUACUUAGAUAGCAAACGGGAUAUCUGUAGUUCAAGAUUGGAAAUAAAUGAAGAACUAGAUCACACAGCUGUUGCUCGAUUUGAAUUUGAUUUCAAAGAAAAAUUAUUGAAAGUUCGGUGCUCCAGCAGGUUUAAUUCCAUUGGCAACAUUAUUACUGUGGAUGACCCAAGAAAUAAAAGAAAUUCAGUGGCUGAGAAACUUAGUGAUUCUAGUUUGUUCAGUCGAAAUGCUAGAACCAAAAGAAACAUACUUAAUGAAUCUCUAGAUGUUGCUGAGGCUUCAAAUGUUAGUGUUACUUGCAACACACUGAAAAUUCCACUUUCUUCUUCAGAUGGAAAUUCCUUUUCAACAAAUUUCACAGUAAACAUAAGACAUUCAGAAGAAGAAGGCAUGUACAACCUUUAUUUCCAUCGCUGUUUCAAUGACGAAAUAAUUCCCAUUAACCUAACCAUUGAGGUUACCGAAACCAACGGUGAUAACUACCUAUCAGCUGGAGAAAUGCCAUUGCCGAUGUUGUAUUUUAUUAUGUCAACAGUAUUCCUUGCUUCUGGGUGUUUUUGGGUAGGCGUGUUGUGCAAAAGCAAACGAGAGGAUGUAUACAAAAUCCAUUAUUUGAUGGCUUUACUAGUCUUUCUGAAGUCGUUGUCAUUAGCUUUUCACGGAAUCAAUUUUCAUUUCAUCCAAACCGAAGGAUUUCACAUCGAAACGUGGGCUGUUCUCUACUACAUCACCCAUUUGCUGAAGGGCGCCGUACUUUUUAUCACUAUCGUACUCAUUGGCACUGGAUGGGCUUUCUUCAAACACAUUCUUAGUGGAAAGGAUAAGAAGAUCUUCAUGAUCGUUGUUCCAUUACAGGUGCUUGCCAACGUGGCUUACAUUAUCACUGAAGAAUCGGAAGCUGGUCAAGCUGCUCAUAUGACUUGGAAUGAAGUAUUUAUCCUGGUAGAUCUUUUGUGCUGUGGAGCAAUUCUUUUCCCUGUAGUCUGGUCAAUUCGUCAUCUGCAGGAAGCAAGUCAAACUGACGGGAAAGCGGCUGCUUCAUUGCGCAAGCUCCAGCUCUUUAGGCAUUUUUAUAUCCUAGUUGUUUGCUACGUUUACUUUACUCGAAUCAUCGUUUACCUUCUGAGGAUUACGGUACCUUUCCGAUAUGAGUGGCUCGAUGAAUUUUUCUUCGAGCUAGCAACAUACAUUUUCUUUGUAAUGACCGCUUCGAAGUUCCGCCCUGCCGUAAACAAUCCCUACCUUCUUUUGACCAGAGAUGAUGAUGACGAGGAAAUCGUGGAAUUAGAUCGAGUAGUGACACAAACUGGCUUUACUGAAACAGUUGUACAAGUAGGUCGACACAAGAACAGCGCAAAACAUCACACAGUGAAAAAUGGAACCCAGGAAGAGAAUGAGUCUUUAGUCAGUGCUGAGGGCAGCCACGAGCUGGAUUAACGUUCUCAUUGUAUAUUCGAUGUAUAAUCUUUAAGCUGUGUUAUGCGACUCCAUUCGUCUCACACACAUACAUGCUGUACGAGCUGUAGUGUUUUUCCCCUCUUAUCCGUUUUCGAUUUUCCUCGUCUUAUUCAUUUUGCCUCUUAGUUUGUAUGAAACGAUUUUUAAAUAUUAAUUGGCAUUUAGAAUCUGCAAUUCUUGAAAAUAAAGCGAAGCCGUUCAAACCA